AUGCUAAAAGAAAGGCUAGAUCAGCAGGAACUGAUUCUGGUCAGGCAAGAAGAAAAGCUAGAACACAUUAUGGAGAGCAUCGGGGUGCUUCCACAAGCAAUGCUCGUCGUCCACAUAAAAAGGCAAACGACCAGCACUACAGUACACGUGGGUAUUACAACUGGGGAGAGAACCCAGACUUAUAGAAACGACUUAUACAUCCAAAGCAAAUUAGAAAGAAGGGAGGCUAGGCUAAGCGAGAUGGAACGUCAGGAUACUACCUCGGUGACCACCGGAAACUGCGAAGAAGUCACAAGAAGGCGAAUGACGACAUCCAAGGAUACUGCAAAUAAAAUUCGAUGUAGACCGGACGUUUUUAUAAUUUGUGCUGAUGGGCAUACCUACACAGACACGCUCAAAAAUAUCAAACAUAACAAGGGCGUGCAGGACAUGAGCCACAAUAUAAACAUGGUGUCAAUGACUAAAACAGGACACCUGAGGGUGGUCUUAAAGAAAGACACUAAAGAAGAAGAAUCCAAUACACAGGCUUUAUUACAGGCAGUUGAGGAAAACGCCGAAUCUUUUAAACUAAGACUCCUCUCAGGUACUUUUAAGCGAUGUUGACGAGGAUGCCUUAAACGAAAAAAUUAUGUCUACUAUAGCCGCAAAGUUAAGCUCCAUAGACAAUGUAAGAGAGGUGAACAAAAGAAAAGGCGAACGAGAUACACAACUGGUUACCGUUUCCCUGCCUGCGGUAGCUGCUAAAGAAAUUACCGCAUCCAAACUAAGGAUAGGAUAUGAUAGUUGCCGAACUAAAACCAUCACGCAAGUGAAAAAAUGCUACAAGUGUCAAUGA